AGUCCCCAAGUGAAACCGAAAGAGGUCUCGCGGCCUCGCUGCCAGGUCCGCAGCUGGCGCGGGAGCCGGGCCACAUUCCGGAAGGCCGGCGCCUGGCAUUUCCCGGGAGCCGGGGUGGGAGUUGCAGCCCCCGGGUCAGAGGCUGACACAGGAAGCGGGAUGGAGGAGGACGGGAGGAGGGAGCGUCCUGGGGCUGCUGGCGCAGUGAGCCUGUAUGGCUGUGACUCAUCGCCGGAUGGAGAUGGGGUGAGAAUCCUGCGUGGAGUUGGCCGGGAGGCGCCAGGAGCGGGUGUCCCCCAGCACCUGAGGUCAUGAUGCCACCACCACGGAGCAAGAAGCCCAGAUAGAUGCCCCUGCGGCCCGGCGUGUGGAGCCCCCCGAUGCUGGCAGUGGGGCCCACCAUGGAUGGGGAGUUCCCUCCGCACGAGCCUCCCCCAGCCGGCAGCGUCCUGUACAGCCCGCCGCCCCUGCAGACCCCACUGUGCGGGCCCAGCGUCCAGAAUGCCAUGCUGCAUUAUCCCUGGUGGAGCAGCUUCUCGCCCACGCCAUACCCAGCCUUCUCCAGCGAGAGCCACCAGUUCAUGAACUCCUCCUUCAUUGUGGGCCAGCCCUGCGUGGACACCAGCUAUGGGCCUGCAGCCGCCACCCCCAGCUUCCCGCCAAAGAGCAGCGACUUUCCUCAGGACUCCUCGUACCUCGAUGACCUCUCCAAUGCCUCCAUCUUCUCCUCGUCCGUGGACUCCCUCUCAGACAUCGCAGACACACCUGACUUCCUGCCCGCCGACAGCCUCAGCCAGGUGCCCACCAUCUGGGACGUGAGCACUGGCCCCUCCACCCACGACAAGCUGUUCCUGCCCAGCGGGCCAUUUACAGGCCUUGAGGACCCUGUGUCCUCUCUCUCCAGCACCCCACUUCUCGUCAGCUACCAGUCUCAGAGUCACCCCGAGGAGGACGACGAAGCUGAGGAGGAUGAGGCAGAGGAGCUGGGCCACGCGGAGACCUACGCCGACUACGUGCCAUCCAAGUCCAAGCUUGGGAAGCAGCACCCAGACCGCGUGGUGGAGACCAGCACUCUGUCCAGCGUUCCGCCGCCGGACAUCACCUACACCCUCGCCCUGGCCUCCUCCGACAGCGGAGCCCUUUCCGCCUUGCAGCUAGAGGCCAUCACCUACGCCUGCCAGCAACACGAGGUCCUGCUCCCCGGUGGGCAGCGCGCGGGCUUCCUUAUCGGCGAUGGCGCAGGCGUGGGCAAGGGCCGCACGGUGGCCGGCAUCAUCCUGGAGAACUACCUGCGGGGCAGAAAGAAGGCCUUGUGGUUCAGCGUCUCCAAUGAUCUCAAGUACGAUGCGGAGCGCGACCUUCGGGACAUCGCCGCCCCUGGCAUCGCGGUGCACGCGCUGAGCAAGAUCAAGUACGGCGACAACACUACCUCAGAGGGCGUCCUCUUUGCCACCUACUCCGCCCUGAUCGGGGAGAGCCAGGCAGGCGGGCAGCACCGCACGCGCAUCCGGCAGAUCCUGGAGUGGUGUGGGGAGGCCUUCGAUGGCGUGAUUGUGUUUGACGAGUGCCACAAAGCCAAGAACGCCAGCUCCACCAAGAUGGGCAAGGCCGUGCUGGACCUGCAGAACAAGCUGCCCCUGGCCAGGGUGGUCUACGCCAGCGCCACAGGUGCCUCUGAGCCCCGGAACAUGAUCUACAUGAGCCGCCUGGGUAUCUGGGGCGAGGGCACACCGUUCCGGACCUUCGAGGAAUUUCUGCAUGCCAUCGAGAAGAGGGGUGUGGGCGCCAUGGAGAUCGUGGCCAUGGACAUGAAGGUCAGCGGCAUGUACAUCGCACGCCAGCUCAGCUUCUCUGGCGUCACCUUCCGCAUCGAAGAGAUCCCGCUGGCCCCGUCCUUCGAGCACAUCUACAACCGGGCGGCCCUGCUGUGGGCCGAGGCCCUGGGCGUGUUCCAGCAGGCAGCCGACUGGAUCGGCCUGGAGUCACGCAAGUCCCUGUGGGGCCAGUUCUGGUCGGCCCACCAGCGCUUCUUCAAGUACCUAUGUGUUGCCGCCAAGGUGCGCCGGCUGGUGGAGCUGGCCCGGGAGGAGCUGGCCAGGGACAAGUGCGUGGUUAUCGGGCUGCAGUCCACGGGUGAGGCGCGUACCCGGGAGGUGCUGGGCGAGAAGGAGGGCCAGCUUGAUGGCUUCGUGUCCGCUGCCGAAGGCGUCUUUCUGUCGCUAAUUCAGAAGCACUUUCCUUCAACCAAGAGGAAGCGAGAGAGAGGACCGGGCAAUAAGCGAAAAAGGCGGCCACGGGGCCGUGGGGCCAAGGUGCCCAGGCUGGCGUGUGACGCAGCGGGCGUGAUCCGCGUCAGUGACGACAGCAGCACAGAGUCGGACGGCGGCCUGGACAGCGACUUCCACUCCUCCCCCGAGUCCCUGAUGGACGAUGACGUGGUCAUCGUGGACGCCAUUGGGCUCCCGGCCGACGACCGCGGCCCCCUGUGUCCCCCACCGCGGGACCUGCACGGCCCCGGUGUCCUGGAGCGGGUGGAGCGGCUGAAGCAGGACCUGCUGGCCAAGGUGCAGGCGCUGGGCCGGGAGCUGCCCGUCAACACCCUGGACGAGCUCAUUGACCAGCUCGGGGGUCCAGAGUGCGUGGCGGAGAUGACCGGCAGGAAGGGCCGCGUGGUGUCCAGGUCCGACGGGACGGUGGCCUUCGAGUCCCGGGCGGAGCAGGGCCUCUCCAUCGACCACGUGAACCUCAGGGAGAAGGAGCGCUUCAUGAGCGGAGAGAAGCUCGUGGCCAUCAUCUCAGAGGCCUCCAGCUCUGGCAUCUCCCUCCAAGCCGACCGCCGGGUACCGAACCAGCGGCGCCGGGUGCACAUGACACUGGAGCUGCCCUGGAGCGCCGACCGGGCCAUCCAGCAGUUUGGCCGGACCCACCGCUCCAACCAGGUUUCCGCGCCCGAGUACAUCUUCCUCAUCUCAGAGCUGGCCGGGGAGCGCAGGUUUGCCUCCAUCGUGGCCAAGAGGCUGGAGAGCCUGGGGGCUCUGACCCACGGGGACCGCCGAGCCACCGAGUCCCGUGACCUGAGCAAGUACAACUUUGAGAACAAGUACGGCGCCCGGGCGCUCAGCUGCGUCCUCACCACCAUCCUAAGCCAGACAGAGAGCAAGGUGCCGCUGCCCCAGGGCUACCCUGGAGGGGACGCCGCCUUCUUCCGUGACAUGAAGCAGGGGCUGCUGUCCGUCGGCAUCGGCGGGCGCGAGUCCCGGUCCGGCUGCCUGGACGUGGAGAAGGACUGCUCCAUCAGCAAGUUCCUCAACCGCAUCCUGGGGCUGGAGGUGCACAAGCAGAACACGCUCUUCCAGUACUUCUCCGACACCUUCGACCACCUCAUCGCCGCCGACAAGAAGGAGGGCAAAUACGACAUGGGCAUCCUGGACCUGGCCCCUGGCAUUGACGAGAUCUACGAGGAGAGCCAGCAGGUGUUCCUGGCCCCCGGCCACCCGCAGGAUGGGCAGGUGGUCUUCUACAAGAUCAGCGUGGACCGCGGCCUGAAGUGGGAGGAGGCCUAUGCCCGGUCGCUGGAGCUGAUGGGCACCCACGACGGCUUCUACCUCUCCUACAAGGUCCGCGGCAACAAGCCCAGCUGCCUGCUGGCCCAGCAGAACCGCGGCAAGCUCUUCACCGUGUACAAGCCCAACAUCGGGCGGCAGAGCCAGCUGGAGACCUUAGACAGCCUGUGCCGGAGGUUUCACCGGGUGACAGCGGAGGAGGCCAGAGAGCACUGGGAGAGCAGCUACACCUUCUCUCUGACUCACUGCAGCCACACCACAUGGAACCGGCACUGCCGGCUGGUGCAGGAGGGCAAGGACUGCGCGCAGGGCCUGAGGCUGCGACACCAUUACAUGCUGUGCGGGGCCCUGCUGCGCGUGUGGGGUCGCAUCGCCGCCAUCAUGGCCGACGUCACCAGCAGCAGUUACCUGCAGAUCGUGCGCCUCAAGACCAAGGACAAGAAGAAGCAAGUUGGCAUCAAGAUCCCUGAGGCCUGCGUGCGCCGCGUCCUGCAGGAGCUGCAGCUCAUGGACGCCGAUGUGAAGCGCAAGCAGGCACGCGCCCGGGGUCUCCCCGCGCUGCCGCCCGCCCCACGCCCGCUCGCGCUGCCCUGCGGCCCCGGCGAGGUCCUGGACCUCACGUACAGUCCGCCGGCCCAGGCCUUCCCGCCGCCCUCGCCCUUCGCCUUCCCGGCCCCGGCCCCCGGCCCCGGCGGCCUGCUGCUGGGUGUUCCCGACGCCCCGGCUGACCCCGCGGCGCUCCUGCACCAGGGUUGCGACAUCAACUUCAAGGAGGUGCUGGAGGAUAUGCUGCGCUCCCUCAACGCCGCGCCGCCCCCUGAGCCCCCCGGCCUGCUGGGCGCCGGUGGGGGGGCAGCAGGCGCGCCGGAGGGCAGCGGGGGCCCCGAGCGGCAGAGCGUCAUCCAGUUCAGCCCCCCCUUCCCCAACUCCUAGGCCCCGGGGCAUCCUUCCCGCACGAAACUUAUUUAUCUAUAAUAGGCGCCCUGUCUACACCGGGGAAGCGGGUGGUGAGCAGGGCCAACAGCCCUGCGGACUACUGAGAGGAGCAGGCGGGGCCAGGAGCCCUUCGAGGCGGGGACAGGGGCCCUUCAUCCGGCCUCCCGAGGCCUCCACUGCAGUGCCUUCCCACCGGUGCCUGGGCAGACGCUCGAGACGCUGCCGGCCCUGGGGGUGCCCUCCAGCCCUGCCUGGUGGGCAGUGGCCAUGCGCAGGCCCCACUCAGGACACUCAGGGGCCAGGCAGGGCCUGGGGGUGGGGGGCCUCCUCUGUGCCUCUGUCCUCUGCUGCCCCCUUCCAGGCCGGGGUUGGGGCUCCCACCCCACCCACCUUACCAGGCCCGGUCAGCCCUGAAAUCCACAAAACUGGGUGGCCCCAAGAGCUGGAAACUCAGGAAACCCCAGGUGCUCAGGGCCCCACCGCCUCUGGGGGGCUCCGUGGGGCAGAUCUUCUAUUAAUAUAUGCAACCCUCUCCCUGCUCUCUGUGCCCUAAAUUAUUGCCCAGCCACCUCUCCCAGGGCCUGGAAUCUCCUGCGGAGCUGGUGGGUGGCGCCCUGGUUUCUAUGUGUAUUUAUAAUGAAUUCAAGUGUAUAUAUGUAAAGAGAUCUUUUUUAAAUAUAUGUGCCUUU